CUUCCCUUUCUCUCCCUUCUCUCCUUUCAUUUCUCCCUUUUCCUUCCCUCUUCACCCUUCAAUUGACAUUCUAUCACCAUUCCCGCACUCGCACUUCACCCUCACCCAUCCAUUCCUGGCACCCUACCAUAUCCUCUGUCGUCGAGCCCGGCAUUAUGUCGAACCCCAAUCCACCUUUCGGCGACUUCCUGGAGCUGGAUUUGAUGGACACCACCACCAACGACGUGUUCUCGUUUCUCUUCAACAACGACGACCUGAACGCAUCAUUCGUUGUGCCAAGUACGGUUCCCAGCCUGGAUACCCCCAUGGAUCUGUCUUCAUUCAAUCCCCUGAGCAGCCCUGACGCAUCCGACGCACCUACCCCGACCGAUAUUUGCAGUGCUACUACCAGCAUUAGCACAAACACAAGCAUAGACACCAGCAUCAUUCGUGACACAGACAUCAACAGUAUCAAGAAAACACAACAAGAUGAUAUCCAGAUGUUGCUCGCAAUGAACCGUCAGCUGCAAGAACAGCUGCGACUGCAACAGCAGCAACAACAUCUUCUGCUUCAGGAACAGCAACGCCUGCAAGAAAAGCAAUUAUCUCAGUCUUCAGUGACCACGGAUACUGUCAAUGCGCAGACAUCGGUCAUCGAUAAUAGCGCCAUUGUUGCGCAACUGAUCACUGCUAACUCACUUUCUGCCAUGCCAACUACACCGGUAGUUGCUGCAGUACCGGUAUCAGCGCCUAAGGGCCCGAAGACAGCGGCUCCUGAACCAAGCACCACAUCGAUUGCAACCGCAUUUGCGGCUGCCGAUGCACAGAGUAAGGGCGACUCUCUAAGGCCAAUUGUCAACUACUGCAUUACACAAUUCAUUUUUGUCUAACCUUGUAUGGUCACCAUUUGGUUCCAGUCGCAGCUCUCCUCAGUUCUUCC